AUGAAGCAGGAGGGCUCCGCGCGGCGCCGCGGCGCGGACAAGGCGAAGCCGCCGCCGGGCGGAGGGGAACAGGAACCGCCGGUGCCCCCGGCCCCCCAGGAUGUGGAGAUGAAAGAGGAGGCGACGGCGGGGAGCGGGUCCACGGGGGACGCCGACGGGAAGACGGCCACGGCCACUGAGCACUCCCAGCGAGAGCUGGACACCAUCACCUUGGAGGACAUCAAGGAGCAUGUGAAACAGCUGGAGAAGGCCGUUUCCGGCAAGGAGCCUCGCUAUGUGCUGAGGGCCCUGCGGAUGCUGCCUUCCACGUCACGCCGCCUCAACCACUACGUUCUGUAUAAGGCCGUGCAUGGCUUCUUCACCUCCAACAACGCCACUCGGGACUUCCUGCUUCCCUUCCUGGAAGAGCCCAUGGACACGGAAGCCGAUUUCCAGUUCCGUCCCCGGACAGGAAAAGCUGCCUCAGCGCCCCUCCUGCCCGAAGUGGAAGCCUACCUGCAGCUCCUCGUCGUCAUCUUCCUCAUGAACAGCAAGCGCUACAAGGAGGCACAGAAGAUCUCUGAUGAUCUGAUGCAGAAGAUCAGCACUCAGAACCGCCGGGCCCUGGACCUUUUGGCUGCAAAGUGUUACUAUUACCACGCCCGGGUCUAUGAGUUUCUGGACAAGCUGGACGUGGUGCGCAGCUUCUUACAUGCUCGGCUCCGGACAGCCACCCUUCGGCAUGACCCAGACGGACAGGCCACCCUGCUGAACCUCCUGCUGCGGAACUACCUACACUACAGCUUGUACGACCAGGCGGAGAAGCUGGUGUCCAAGUCCGUGUUCCCCGAGCAGGCCAACAACAACGAGUGGGCGAGGUACCUCUACUACACAGGGCGGAUCAAAGCCAUCCAGCUGGAAUACUCAGAGGCCCGGAGAACCAUGACCAAUGCCCUUCGCAAGGCCCCUCAGCACACAGCUGUCGGCUUCAAACAGACUGUGCACAAGCUUCUGAUUGUGGUGGAGCUGUUGCUGGGGGAGAUCCCGGACCGGCUGCAGUUCCGUCAGCCAUCGCUCAAGCGCUCACUCAUGCCCUACUUCCUUCUGACCCAAGCUGUCAGGACAGGAAACCUGGCCAAGUUCAACCAGGUCCUGGAUCAGUUUGGGGAGAAGUUCCAAGCAGAUGGGACCUACACCCUCAUCAUCCGGCUACGGCACAACGUCAUUAAGACAGGGGUGCGCAUGAUCAGCCUCUCCUACUCCCGAAUCUCCCUGGCUGACAUCGCCCAGAAGCUGCAGCUGGACAGCCCGGAGGAUGCCGAGUUCAUUGUUGCCAAGGCCAUCCGGGACGGCGUCAUCGAGGCCAGCAUCAACCACGAGAAGGGCUACGUGCAGUCCAAGGAGAUGAUCGAUAUCUAUUCCACCCGUGAGCCCCAGCUCGCCUUCCACCAGCGCAUCUCCUUCUGCCUAGACAUCCACAACAUGUCCGUCAAGGCCAUGAGGUUUCCUCCCAAAUCCUACAACAAGGACUUGGAGUCUGCAGAGGAACGGCGAGAGCGAGAACAGCAAGAUUUGGAGUUUGCCAAGGAGAUGGCAGAAGAUGACGACGACAGCUUUCCUUGA